UUGGACUCGAAAACUGUCUCUUUCUUUCGUAACCUCUUAAAAGAAGUCAAGAUGAAGAUCGGCCUUUGCGCUUACAGUGGUUAUAAGAUUUAUCCCGGCCAUGGGAAAACCAUGGUUAAAGUUGACGGAAAGAGCUUCACAUUCUUGAACUCAAAAUGUGAAGCUGCCCACCUCAUGAGGAGAAAUCCUCGCAAAGUUACAUGGACAGUGCUGUACAGGCGCAAGUUCAAGAAAGGUCAAGAAGAAGAACAAGCCAAGAAGCGCACUAGGAGGACCCAAAAGUACCAACGUGCUAUUGUCGGAGCCUCUCUCAGUGACAUCAUGGCUAAACGUAACAUGAAGCCAGAAGUGCGCAAGGCUCAAAGAGAUCAGGCCAUUAAGGCAGCAAAAGAACAGAAAAAGUCCACUAAGGCAGCAAAGAAAGCUGCUGCUCCUCCUACAAAAGCGAAGGCUGCACCUAAGGCCAAAGCAGCCAAAGUGAGUCAGAAGUCUGCGCCACGUGUUGGUGGAAAACGAUAAGACCUUCUAAUAUAAGUCUUUAACAAUAUUGUUGUUUUAUUGAAAAAUGUCCUUUCUCAAAUAUAUUCUGUAGGUAGAGGUAGUAAUAGUGAUACAAAAUAUUAUCUUAGUUUGAAAAAGGACUGCUGCCCUUCAUCCACUUGACUUGGAUCCUUUACAGUGAUCUAUGUACACUUUUUCCUUCACCUGAGUCCAUUAUGCCACUCAGUUCCCAGAUGAUUUGGUGGAGAUGUUAUUUAUUCUAUUUGUGUAGAAGAAUAACGAAAACGAUAUUAGAUAAGAGUUUGAGCACCAAGCGCAGUUCGAAAACCAACGGGUAUAAAAUAUCGAGAUUGCAUGUUUCAUUACAUUUUAGACUGCCCUUUCUAGCAUGACCACCCAAACGGGAUAUGAUAAAGCGAUAUAUCGGCAAUAACUGUCAGACUACAUUGGAUUUGACAGUAAAUGCCGUUAAAUCGCUUUAUCAUAUCCCGUUUCGGUGGUCAUGCUAGAGGGGCUGGGGUGCUCAAACUUGAACUGCUGGCGAUAUACCUCAAAAUUUUUAAGACUACUUCCGAUCGACUCUGGGAGGCUGCAAGUAUGUGUGGUGUGGGGUUGUCGUACAAACACGAUACAUAACACCUACCUACCUAGGGAGGGUACCGUAGCAUAUACAGAUAUUCGUAGGUCGAUCGCAAUCGACCGUUUGAGCACCCCUGUUUUAGACAUUUCAUAAAAAUGAAAUAUAGCCCUAUAUCGAGACGCGACGUCGACUCGGACAGCAAUUUUUAGAAGGUAGAACAAUUUAAACUAAAAUUUUAUAUAUACCACACAAUAAAAAAAAGCUAUACACAUUCCUGGGAUGAUCCUGACAGGUAUGUAUAUCGGAAAACGUUCUAUUUAAAUUGGUAAAACUGAUGUUAUAAUUUAUUGUUUGGAGUGUACCCGGUAUACAGAGCUGAGAGGGAGACUGUUGGGGAGCUGAUUCCCUGGAUAGGGAAUCUCCAGUUCCGAUUAGAUUCUUUAUUAACUCGCCCAUCACUCAAUGAGUACAUUGUUAGUAAAUCAAAUCAGAACAAUAACGAAUGUCUUUUUAAAGCUUUGCCGCCCUUCGCAGCCUGCCACCCCACAACUUAAUAACUUGAGCUCCUAUGGCGCCCCUGUCACCCCUAGUGGUAAAAAGUCCAAAAAAAAGGUGGUCUAAAUGCGAUCCAUAAACAUCAAAGAUAAGUUUUGAGAAGACUUGCAAAUAGUUUUAGUUUUGACACUGCGCCUUUUGAAAAAAGCAAAACACUUUUCACUCCUUUAAUCCUGUUCGUGACCUUCGAUCUUCUCAUAACCUAUCCUAAGUUAUCCCACCCCACUCCACUGAUUUAGUAGCCAAGUCCAUUCUAUGUAAGAGCUGUUAAAUUGUGGAACUCUUUACCUUUAGAUAUUAAACGUGCACGGACGAGGGACUCCUAAACUCCUUUACUAUUAAAAUUAAGGAUUAUUUCCUCAAGCUGAACUCUGACUGAUCUUUUUAUAUGUUCAUUACUUUGUAUUGUAUUUUAUAACUUCCAUUACUUUCUACAUUUUAUUUUCCUAUAUUUACGUUUAUUUAUUUAUUUUUACACUGCACAGCCCGCUGUUUCUACUAUUCUUAUGGUAUCGUUUCAUUUAGCCAAAGGUUGCCUGGUAGAGAUUACUACCUUAGCAAUAAGGCCGCCUUUUGUGUUUGCGUUCCUGUUUUAUGUUUAUUGUUUUUUUUUGUAAUAGUGUAAUAAAGAGUAUUCAUUCAUUCAUUCAAACAAUAUCAAACUAUACUUGUAUUAAUUUUUCCCUUUUAGAUUCUUACGUAAUAAAUAUUCAACAGGAGGAUGGGGCGUCGGUCUAUUCUUAUUUUGUCUAUUUAAAUUGUUAUCUUUUUCUAAUAGUAGGAGGAAUGGGGUCAAAAACUAGCGAAAAUAGUCUUACGUAAUAAAUGAAUGGUGCCAGUGGUGAAUCACUACAUAGCUUGGUGGUUAUCACUUCCAUAUGCCAAACGCAGUUAGCGAAUAGGCCUACUGGCCACACGCUGUUUCAAAAAACGUGGCCUUAAUAUGCAAGGUAUAGGAGUCGUUGAUGUACGUCAGCCAAGCAGCGGCUCCACCAGCGUUAUACACAUUUUGUAGUAUACACUUAUAUACUUUUAUAGUGCUGCUGGCCUGACGCACCCAAAGAAAAAGAAAUCUAUUAAAUAAAAGACUGCAGUUAUUUUCUAAUAAAUUACAAUAUUUAACAACAUAAUUCUAUAAAUGGAUUGUAUAAUAUCUCAUUGUUGAGGUUUACUAACUGGAUACGAGAUAUAAAUGUAUUCUGGAUUUAGGCAUUCUUAGCAAGAGUUUCUGCCUUGGCAAUAACUUCUUCGAUAGGUCCUACCAUGUAGAACGCAACCUCAGGCAGGUGAUCAUAUUCUCCUUGUAGGAUUUUGGAGAAGCCCUUAAUGGUCUCUUCAAGUGGAACUAGUUUGCCAGCAUGUCCUGUGAACACCUCAGCCACCUGGAAAGGCUGUGAUAAGAACCUCUGGAUCUUGCGUGCACGAGCUACAGUCAAUUUAUCUUCUUCAGAAAGCUCAUCCAUACCCAAGAUAGCAAUGAUGUCCUGAAGAGAUUUGUAGUCUUGUAGAAUCUUCUGGACACCACGUGCAACAUUGUAGUGCUCUGCUCCAAUGAUGUUAGGAUCCAUAAUACGAGAGGUAGAAUCCAAAGGAUCCACAGCUGGAUAGAUACCCAACUCAGCAAUGGCACGGGACAGCACAGUCGUGGCAUCCAAGUGAGCAAAUGUUGUGGCAGGGGCAGGAUCAGUUAAGUCAUCAGCAGGUACAUAAAUAGCCUGCACAGAAGUGAUGGAACCCUUCUUGGUGGUUGUGAUACGUUCCUGCAUGGUACCCAUGUCAGUGGCAAGGGUUGGCUGAUAACCUACAGCUGAGGGGAUACGACCCAACAAGGCUGACACUUCAGAACCAGCUUGGGUGAAACGGAAAAUGUUGUCAAUGAAGAGCAAUACAUCCUGCCCUUCCUGGUCACGGAAGUACUCAGCUACUGUCAAUCCAGUAAGAGCCACACGGGCACGGGCGCCUGGGGGCUCAUUCAUCUGCCCAUACACAAGAGCUACUUUUGAGGUCUUGUCUUUUAAGGAGAUUACUCCAGACUCAAUCAUUUCAUGAUACAAGUCGUUACCUUCACGUGUGCGCUCUCCUACUCCAGCAAACACAGAGUAACCACCAUGAGCCUUAGCAACAUUAUUGAUAAGUUCCAUAAUCAGUACAGUUUUACCUACACCAGCACCACCAAAGAGACCAAUUUUACCACCUUUGGCGUAGGGAGCCAGUAGAUCGACGACCUUGAUUCCAGUGACUAAUAUUUCUUGCUGCACAGACAUUUCUACGAACUCUGGUGCUUCGGCGUGGAUAGCGGCAGUCUUGUCGGUAGGAAUUGGACCUCUUUCGUCAAUUGGUUCACCGAUUACGUUGAUGAUACGUCCAAGAGUUUCUGCGCCUACAGGAAUGCGGAUGGGUGAUCCUGAGUCGAGCACGGGCUGGCCACGUACCAAACCUUCGGUACCGUCCAUAGCGAUCGUACGGACUGUAUUUUCUCCCAAAUGCUGUGCCACUUCAAGGACCAGCCGAGGAGACCGAUUUUGGACCUCAAGGGCGUUGAGAAUAGGCGGCAGUGCAUCUUCAAAUUGUACAUCGACGACGGCACCGAUAACUGCAACCACCUUACCUUGUCCUUUUCCUGCAGCUUUGGCAGCAUAAUCUCGCUUGUUCGAUAAAGCUCCUGCGACUAAAGGAGUCUUGUCGGUUGUGGUGUUAUUUACUACCGCCCUUGUGGCCAAUCGGCCAGCUCUGCAGACGGUAGAAAACAUUUUCGAAAUAUAUAUCGAUCGAAAUAAACUGCACAGUAGUUAACCAAAAAGUAACUUUACGUAAGAGGUAGAGGUUGCAGCACCCUCUUGAAAUUGGAAUCGAAAAAUAAUGAUACCAGUUAAUGCACAGUAUUUACUACUACAGACAGAGCUCUUGGAAAUAAAAGCAACUUUUUACUAUUACAUUUGUUUUUAGCAUGGAAGAAUCGUGUUUUGUAAUUUAUAAUUUUUUAUUCUUUGUUUUUAGUAUCAAAUGUAAAGAUAAUGAAGCAAAUAGUUUUUUGCAUAUACGUGUAAAACUUCAAAGCUGUUUUUUUUAUCUUUUUUGUUUAGGAGCUUUUGUCCGAUGACAUGACAGCUCCAUCGAAACAAACUAACGAGGACUGAACUACUUAAUUAAGAAUUAUAAAAUGAUUACAUUAGAUUUAGUACUUGUGUAAUUUAGUGGCAGCGUUCCAAUAAACUAAGUACAAUGAAACUUCAGAUUCGGAGAGGAGGAUAAGGAGGUAUUUUUGAACGUUCAUUAAAAUAUUCUCUCCACUCUUUUUGACACUCUAAUUUCAACUGAGAAAAGAUUUCGGUGUUGCACGGUCUGAUGUCGCACUCUAUUCCGUUUGAACAUGCAGAAUUAGCCAAUUUGUCAGCCUCCUCGUUAACCUUUAUACCAAUAUGCGCGGGAACCCAUUGCAAUAUCACUUUAACAUUGAGUGAUUUAAAUUGAAAUAUUUGCCCGACUACACUAAAGGCUGUCGGUACACCUCUGUGUCCAGAGGCACAUCGGGCUAUGUGUUGUAUAGCGCCCUUACUAUCCGAACAGAUGAUUAUCUUAUCCCAUCUUAUCUCUAUCUUAUCUUUCAGCAUAUUAAAGUGCUUUACAUAUUGUAAUGAGUUCCAGCGUCAUAAUACAGACAUUAUUCCAAACUUUAAAGCAUGGUAGCUUUAAAGUUUUAGAGAUGGGUUAUAAAAAGACACUUUUAAAGUGGUUCAUUUGUAGGUUUUAAAUCUACGACUUGUGACUAUUAUUCUAAGAUGGCAAUACGGCACUUUCCGGUUCAAGACAAUUUUUUUUAAAAACUCCUUUUCAAUGAGGGAAAUGUAAAUAAACUUUUUACAGCCGUACCCUUAUUCACGCGUUAAAGUUAUAUAAAGGAAUUGCAGGUUGUUCUUUAACAUGCAAAUCCUCAAAAUGCGUUUACGCGCAAUAAAUUAUCAUGUUUUGUUCAUGGUUCUAUCAAACUGAAUCUAACAACCUAAUUUGCGACAAGUUUCAUGAUCGAUAAGUUUCAUUAUUAAAUCUUAACAGUAUGUGUG